AUGAGCAUCGAAUAUCUCAAGAGGGCUACCCGCAACAGCCACAAGUCCAAAUUGACGCAAUCCGAAUCCAUCGAUCCAUUGCAAGUCGCUCUUCCCGAAAGCGAAUCUCUUCGACAGACUCCUCCUCGAACCCCAGAGCCAAAGUCUAUAGCUUCCGGGUCGAGCGAAACACCCCUCAGAACAAGCUGCCACGGACGUGCCGACGGCUUUUCGAACAUCGCCGCCAUGACACCCAUGCUGGAAGCCGAAAUCAAGGGCAGCACCCAGGACGUCGACGACGGCUUCUUCAAUCGUGUGGUCAAGCAGAGGGUUCGCCGUACUGGAUUUACCGAUGCUUCGAUCACGCAGUUCGUCCGAAACUGUGGCUUGUACAACAACAACACGAAGAAGUGGAACAACAUUAGAAAGCCGAAGCUCGAAAAAAAGCUUUAUGAACCUUUCUACAAAAUAUUUCAGAAGGUUAUCGCAGCCUUCAAGCUUGAGGAGCGCGAGGCCAUCAACACGUUCAACGUCAAGAUCCAGCAUAUCGAGGGCGACACAGGCGACACCUCACUCAAGACGUCUCCCGACCUCUUCAUCUACGGGUCGGGACCCAACUUCCACUCGGAGAAUCUCAAACUUAAGUUCGAGGAAAAAGCAGACUACAAAUACUGCGCGUCGCCUUGCGAGGUCAAGACGGAGCGUAACUUGAAGGAAAAGGUUCUGACGCAAGUUGGCGUAUAUGCUCGCCAAUGUUUCAUACAGCAGGGGAACCGCCACUACGUCCACUCUCUGGUCAUGACGGAGAAACGCGCAUUCCUCCUACAGUUCGACCGCAAUGGGCUGUUGCGCAGCAAAUACAUCAACAUUCACGAAAACCCCAAAGAUUUUGUCUACCUCAUCCUCCUCGUCUCGUCUCCCAAUUGCACCACUCUUGGGUUCGACACCACCGUCUAUUGGAGGGGAGACAAGCGGUACAUUGAAACCCUCAAUGAAAAGGGCCAGCGAGUCGAAUACGAGAUUUUGAAGUCGAAACCGCUCUUUCAGCGGCGAACGAUCCGCGGCCGUGGGACACUUUGCUGGCUGGGUAGAGAUCCCGACGGCGAGCUUCGCGUCAUUAAGGAUUCCUGGCAAGCUAAAGGUCGCGGUCUGGAGUCCGACUUGCUGCAGGAGGUUGAAGGCGUCCAAGGCAUUGGUCAGAUGGUCGCUUUUGAGCCGGAGAAGCUGACGAUCGCGGCCUUGAGAGGGAUGGAGGGGAAGGAAUUGCCUACUGGGAUGGUCGACCGGCUGUUUCGUCGCAUUAUCCUCCGCGCGUAUGGUCAACAGAUCGACAAAUUUACGAAUCGCAGGCAACUUUUACAUGCCUUCCGCGAUGCUGUUGCAGGUCAUCAGAGACUGUGGGACAGGAAUAUCAUUCAUCGCGACAUCAGUGUCAACAAUAUUCUCAUCGGCGAGGAAGGUGCUGAAGAAGGUUGGAGAGGGCUGCUUAUUGAUAUGGAUAUGGCAGUCCGAUGGCAGCGAGCCGCUACAAUGGCUGCAGUGGACUUCCGAACUGGUACGAGGGCCUUCCAAGCGAUCCUUGUGAUCAGCAGCGAGAAGGACAAGGCGGACGGGAAGAUCCUGUUAGCGCACGACUAUCUUGACGAUCUUGAAUCGUUCUUCUAUGUCUUUUGCUGGGUCUGUAUGCGCUAUACCCCUACUGGCGAACGAGUCAAGUCCCCACCUCUCGGGGACUGGGAGACCGAAGAUCCUUCGCUGCUGAUCCCAGUGAAAUGGACCUUCAUCAAUCCCCCUGUAGCCGAACACAAUGAACUCGUCAACACCUUCGGGCAAGCUUUUCAAGACCUGUUCGACGGGCUCCGAGAUUUCACACGAGAGAUGCACAAGUGGAAGCUCGUCAACAGAGCAACAAUGCCGAAUAAGCUCGAGAACAUGAAGCCCCACUCUGACAAAAACUAUGCCAAGUUCCUCGAACUUGUCGACAAGGCUAUCGUAGCAUUGGAGAAGGAGGAGCAGAGGGAACAGCAGCCUAACCUAGGCCCGUCUUCGCAGCAGGGCCCAUCGCCCAGUUUAUCUGAGCAACCUUCCAUCCCAGCGCCUCCACGCUCUGAUUCUGGUUCUAGCCAACACAUCGAGCCAUCAAGCAGCAUGAAGCGUACCAGAGACCAACGGGACGCCGACGAAAAUGAGAUGGACGUCGAUGACCAAGAUGGCCCGCCUGCGCCAAAGAGGACUCAGACGAGAUCACCGACUCAAUCCCUUUCUCAAAUAGCACCAGCAGCUUCGACAGAUGUUGUUGCCACUGAGGCUAACCCAGCUGCACCCAGUGCGAAGAGGCGUUCGUUGAGGUUGCGGGCAGAGUCCGUUCAAUCAGUGCAAGUAAACGUCGAGGCUGCCCCGGCGCCCAUGGCAAGAAGGCAAUCGACGAGGUCGAGGAAUGGUUCUAGAUCAACCCAACCUGCAGAGGCACCCCUUAUUAAUAACGGCGCCUCGUCCUCAAACGGAACACGCCCGGGGUCCCGUAACGGUUCGACGGGCUCAAGGAGACAAAUAACAAGAUCUGGAGGGUCCAGCGGUGCAGGUGUGGGGACGCAGUCGGCUGGCGUGUCGGGUCUUAGACGUGGUCGUUCAGCGACUCGGAAGAACAAAAACUAG